UAAGAAGCUGCAAAAAUGAAGAUCUGGCUGGCAGAAGGGUGCCUAUCACAGCCACUGCAGCAGGUUUGUGUGCUGGAGAGGCAAAUAUUCGACUUCCUUGGAUACCAGUGGGCGCCCAUCCUUGCAAAUUUUGUACAUAUUAUUAUCGUCAUUCUUGGUUUAUUUGGAACUAUUCAAUAUAGACCUCGUUACAUAACGGGAUAUGCUGUCUGGCUGGUCCUCUGGGUUACGUGGAAUGUGUUUGUUAUCUGCUUCUACUUGGAGGCUGGGGACCUCUCAAAGGAAACAGACCUUCUGCUGACCUUUAACAUUUCGAUGCAUCGCUCCUGGUGGAUGGAAAACGGACCGGGGUGCACGGUGACGUCGGUGACCCCCGCCCCCGACUGGGCCCCGGAAGACCACCGCUACAUCACGGUCUCGGGGUGCCUUCUGGAGUACCAGUACGUGGAAGUGGCCCACAGCACCCUGCAGAUCGCCCUCGCACUGGCAGGGUUCGUCUACGCCUGCUACGUUGUGAAAUGUAUAACAGAAGAGGAAGACAGCUUUGAUUUCAUAGGUGGCUUUGACUCUUACGGCUACCAAGGGCCUCAGAAGACAUCACACUUACAACUACAGCCCAUGUACAUGUCAAAGUAAAACAGGACGCCAGUGUGUCAGCCCAUAGACCUCUUAAAGAACUUGUUCCACAGCGGCCUCCUGCAUUUCACAGAGAGCAAGAAGCAA